GGGGGGGGUGUGGAGGGACGACAAUUCGGCUCCAAUUGGAGACCGAGUACAUGGCCCGGACUCGGCUGAGCGCCGGGUACGCGAGGGUAACAUGAAGUAUGCACGUAGUGGCGGGGGCCGGUCCUGCAUCAGGAGUGGUCAGCCUAGCAGUAUGAACCGGCAGUUGCUCCGCCGGAACCCUUCUCUCCGAGUCAUGAGGAUGUGUCACUAUGUAUCGAGCAGAAGACAUUAAGUUUUUUUCGCAGACCUUCGGAGAACCGUGCCCUCCAGGGCAAGACGCAGUUAGGUGUUUCGGUUAAAAUAAUCGUGAGCCACUUCAAACCGACGGGUUCCGCCUAUUAAGAGAAUAGCGCGACUUUGCAGCUAAAGCUAUUUGUCCCACAGAAAAGCAGAUCCCGUUCCAAAUAUUUUCCGGAUAUGGACUUACAGACCAGCCCCGCGGGCUGGGCCAGUGUAUGAUCGGCGCUGCGGCGGCAGGUAGCGUCCUGGUGACGGCGAACGGGAAAGUCGUCGAGAUCUCCAUAUGCGUUGCGGCGAGGUAGUCGGUGAUAUCACGAAGCCGUUCACCCUGCUGUGAGCGAGGCGCGUUCAAGGCGAAACUUCGCAGUCCCAUCUCGCGGUUAGGGCAUCGCCUGUAGAUGUGGCCGGUUUAUUUGCAGUCAUAGCAGAGCGGGCAGGGGUCCGCGGAGCGCACCAUACGUCUGUAUUCCUGGGGAAGCUGCUAUAGACGACGAGCGGGCGUGCUGGCGGCGGCGGCGGACCACGGACCUGCAGCGUGUCGGAGCCAUGGCGCGAGCGCGGAAGGAGACCCAGGCGGCGGGCGAUGGCGGCGUAGGUCAUCGCUUUCGCCUUGGGCUGCGACGAUUCCUGGUGCACCUGAGGAACUCAGAGUGAUCACUGAACUUCUUCUUUGUCGAUGUCAGCGAUUAAGGCCUCCUGAGGCUGCGACCUUAGAAAGGGCUUCUGCAGUUUCCCGCGAACGACCAUUCUGAUCGUCUCGCGCAGGUCGUCGGUGCUGAGUGCUUGAACAUCGUUGUUGUUUGCGGUCAGCGUGCGGGGUUUAUAUUGCUAUAGAGUCCGCAUAUCGUUGGUCUUCUCAAUGGUAGUGGCUUCGCGAACAAAUGCAACGAAUUCAGGAAAGGUCUUGGGUGGAUUGCGUAUCAAUCCGGCUAGGAGCUCUUUCUUCCCAACCCGCAUCAAGAAACGAACUUACUUCUCUUCCGACAUGUCGGGGUCAAUGUGUCUGAACAAGCGAGUCAUCUUCUCUGUGAAAAUCGCUAUGUUCUCGUUGGGUAGUUGCGCUCGGGCUUUUAGCAGAGCUUCGGCGCUUUCUUUUUGCACGACGCUCACGAAGGUGCUCAAGAAGCUGCUGCGAAAUAAGUCCCAUGUCGUCAGGGUUGACUCUCGAUUCUCAAACCACGUUGGAACGGCGUCCUCCAAGGAAAAGUAGGAAUGGCGCAGCUUGUCGUCGCAGCUCCAAUUGGUGAACGUAGCGACCCUUCCGUAAGUUUAUAGCCAGCUUUACAGGUCUUCAAAUGACGAUCCUCGGAAGAUCGGUGGCUCCCUGAGCCUGUUGCCGCAUGAUGGGGGGCUGCCAGUGUGGUUGCUGGAUUAUCCUUUAAUUUCUGUGGUUUUCUCGGGGAGUAGUCCAUACUUCGGUAGCAACCCUUGUAGCCUGCGGCUACCUCGCUGGUUCUUGACGACGUUGGUGUUGUCUACGCGGUUCGGGCUUGGAUCACGUCUUCGCGAGGGCGUCCGGUACGGGAACGCGUAAGCACCUCCACCAGAUGUCACACUGUAGUGACGGUGAAGGACACAGCAUGGCAAAACUGUGAAUCAUGAAACUUUUUUUUUAUUGGGCGAACCUAUGGCCACAAAAGCAAGUGGCACUCGAAGCACAACGAUGGCCGCGAGCAUAGUCGGUGAUCUUCGAAAUGUGAUCUGUGGGUCAAGCGCGUCGGCUUUUAUACAUGACUCGUCGAAGGUUCCAGUAUAACCAUUGCUGCCCACUUGCCUUCCAGAAACUACUACACAUUUCUCGUCACGCACACAAUCAGAUUAAACAUGGUUUAGUGACUACAGACACAACAGAUAGAAUCAACGAUAACCUUCGAGUGAGUUUCAUAUCAUGCAGGCGUCUCUUGCGCUGAGCGAUUUCAGGUUUUUAGCGGGUGAAAUGCAGUCCCGGAGAAAAAGGGUAAAUAAGUACGCGUGUCAAUAUGUGGAACGUCGGUUCAACGAGAAAAUAGGUGUAUGCAGAUUGGGAAGGUGCGCAUAAGAAGCCAAUUCUUCUCGUGUCUUCUGACCUCUUGUAUCCCCAACAGAGAAGUAGUGGCUGUGUAACACUCCCCCUCUGCGAUAAGGCGCUGCAUGAGAUGCCCACGUGAAUGAAGACGACGGUAUUAAUGCGAAUAGUAUUCUUUGGGAAUUUGAUACACUUUGCUACAUGUCUGCCCAUUCUAAUCCAUCUCACCUACCUAGUGACCCAAGUUGUCCAUUAGCAUGGGCCCCUAGGUAUGUGCUGGCUGCUGUCGUGCCGAGCAGACAACAUGGACCACCGUGUGUGCACCUGAAUAGACCACUUAGGUCACUGGCUAUGUGCCACUGGGUAUGGGCCCGAACAGACAAGUUUGGCACUGCAUAUGUGAUAUCGGUAUGUGCCCAUUCUUGGCCGAUUCCACAGAAUGGAUGUGCCAUGGUGACACAAUGGGUGCGUAUCAAUAUCAUUAAAUAUACUCAAGCGAUUGCGCCCCAUCCGAGUCGAGCGCGGCCGUUUGAUGUAUAUAGUCAUUGCUAUGACUAUCUAUCGCGGCGUCACCGCUAGAAAGCGCAGCGUGUCUAGAAGGAAACGAGAAGAGCCUGGCUGCAGUACGUGCUUAAUGCAUGACGCCACUCCACAUGCCUCGUCCGUUAAAGCUGCUUAGCGCUCAGGAGUCAGCCCCGUCCACUGUGCGGCGGAGCAGGUAGAGGCCCAUCGCCGCUCGCUUCGAGUAAAUGCAUGGCGAUGGACCGCCGGUGCCGCACCGCCGAAACAGACGAAGAGUAUAAUUACCAUCGUAACAUAUAAAACGUAUCACCGCAAGUUGCAUACCUCUGAUAAAAAAGAUUACUAAUCGCAUUAUCGUCACCAGUCAUGCGCCAUGAGUUUGUUUAUGAUUACACCACAAUGACUGUCGUAUGGAUGGAUGGGUAAAAUAACUUUACUGAAAGGUCCUGCGAGCUACGGGACGCAAGGCCCCAUAGAGCGGGCUGCUCCCACGUUGGUACCGGGAGUUUUAACUCCCUGGCCGCAUCGUGGGCUCGCUGGACGGUCCAGAGCUGCUCCACAAGGUCCGUGCUGCGUAACGCUUCUUGUAGCCUGGCGGAAUGUUGCUUCUUGUUGGCGUGGGUCCGAACACAUGGCCGGAGCAAGUGAUGUACAUCUAGUGUGAUCAUAAGGGCCACGCGCGUUACACAUACAAAUGUGUGAACCACAUACUGCCCGCGCGCCACAUCAUAGAUACCUCUGGACGGAUGUGCGAUUCUCGGGUCAGCGGACGCUUUCCUAAGAUACUGCCCUCGCUAGAGAUGACCUGCACCUUACACCGCGUUGCUAUAUUUUUUAGUAUUCAAGAAUGUCAUGCAACAAUUGAUGCAACGGACUCGGUAUCUUUAUGUAUGUUAUUCAAGGAAUAGAUAAAAGACAACGUCCACGCUUUCGCGUGUUGGACCCACUGUGUGGCUCAGUAUUUCCUAGAUUAAGGGAAAGUUUGUAUGUGCGAAUAAAGAUAAAGAAAGAAGAGCGGGAAGGAAUGUCUGAGAAAAACAAUAUAUCCAAAGUUAGAAGCGCAGCGUCAGACGCAUUAGCAGCGUCCGAUUACGCAUUCUUCCUUGGCAAUGGAGCGGGAUGCAUUAAUGGUUAGUGACAGAGAUGUGUUAUGCGUGGGGGUGUAACCAGCUCUGGCAGGUUAUCGGCUUGAUGACACACGCCAAUGGAUCGCAGCGCAAUGGCUGAAGGACAGCGUAAAGGAACAGAGUUGUAUGUAUACAUCGUGCAGCUUGCAUAUUCCUGUACGUUGCCUUCUGUGUGGUAAUGGUGGACGAUGCUGUUCUUAGCCAACAUAUUUCACCCUCGCACUGGAGGAAUUCACUGCUGAUUGCAUGGUUUGACUCCGGCCAUUACUAGUGAAAGAAAGAGAGAUGAGGAAAACGGUGGGGGGGUUAAAUUAUAGAUUUUGUCCUGCUUGCUAGCCUACACGUGGGAGAGAAAUCGAAGAGUGAGAUAACUAGAGAGAGAACAACUUUAGGGGCAAGGGUUUAGAAAGGUUACCUGCCCUAGACGAGGCGUAUACUUUCUCUCGUCCACUGAAGCCUGUUGCCUACACUGUACUAGCACACGGCAACAGCUAAAGUUUGCACCGAUCAAUGUUACUCAGCAUGCGCACCUUAAGCUUGAACAAGGGCGCCUACUUGUGCGAGUAUCGAUAUGGAUACCGGAGUACUCGGAAAAAGAGCAGCGCAUUCAAUCAUGUUCGAGGCAUUGUACUGAUCAGUUUUGAUUCCCCUUCUUCACGCGAGCCGCUGUGGUGAAGACAACUGCAUCACUGAGGUCAAGAGGAAAGAUAGAUGGGUUCGUGAAGUACCAACUGGGUAUCAAUUUUUCUGUGAGCAGGCACAUUCCCGACAGCCAUUUUGGUGAAAGUAGUGUGUUUCAAUAUUUCAUUUAGAUUCGGGCAUCUGAAACACAUAAUGAAACACACUGAUUGUACAUUUAAGUCACCGCAACACCAGCUGGAAGAGAGAGCUUCACAAGAGGUGCUUUCAACAGGAAACACUUUCGCGGGUGUCGAAGUGGACCGGAAAACUUAUUCGCGACACCAGUUUGCUGGACAUCGAUACUGUCAAAAACCUUAUACAGCCUGUUGCCUAGACUGUACUAGCACAUGGCAACAGAUAAAGUUAUACUAUAUAGUAGAUAUAGUUGACCCAUAUAGCUUCUCGCUGCUGCGUUUAUCAUAGCGCACAGUCUAUCUGCAGGUUCAAUCACAGUAAAUCAAUCAAUCAAUCAAUCAAUCAAUCAAUCAAUCCAAUCACUCAAUCUAUCAAUCAACCAAUCAAAUGUGUUUAUUGAAGUGCCCUAGAAGAACUUCGAGGAUCUUAGUGCUGGCGCACUCGGCAAAACAAUGCACAAGAAGAACAAUACAAGCUCACACACACACACAUACACACUACACAUAUGUGCACACAUAAAAGAGAAAAAUAAUUUCGCGAAUACAGAUUUUAACAGAGCAUAAAAUGUGUACGCGAAGAGAAUAGAAAAGAAAAGUGGAGAGACAGGAAAAAGGGGCUAGAGAAUGACGUAACGCACAACAGAUAUGAGAGUUUUUGUUCAAUUAUUGAAGUUUCUCCGAAACUCCUUCCAGGAAAAUAUUAAAGUUAGGCAAUAAGAUAUCCAUGCACUAUGAAUGGGCGCUAUAUGUCGCCUGCACUCUAGAUAUAGGGUCACAAAAAUAUGAAGGCUGAAAGGCGCGCUGUUUCCGUUUGCAUUUCUGCAGAAUCUAAAAGCGCGCAUUAGAAAGCAAGUGCGGGCAGCACAUUUUUCCAUGUAUUAAUUUGUGAAGAAAAGAACAUCCGAAUCGGUGCGUCUACAGGUGAGGAUAGGUAACGUGAGUGUCUGUGUUAGCUCUGCUAAAGGUUUUUGACAGAAUCGAUGUUUAAAUGUAGACGUGAACUUUUUUGCACACUUUUGAGAAGUUAAUAAUUCGAUAUACAAGUGCCGCCCCAAAUGACGGAGGAGUGCUCAAGAACUGGAAGGCAUACGCUCUUACAUAAAGUUACAACUUGCCUACGUUGUUUGAAGUCUCUCGUCACCCGACAUACUGUCCCGAGCGUUCGAGGUUCACCCUAACUAUUUGCGCUUGAAAUAUUCCCACCUUGAAACGGUGUCCACAAUAUUCGAGAGCUGAAUUGCGCUUCAUAUCCUUCGCACUAAACAGAAUACGCAUAGUGAAAAAGGCCAACAACAAAAGAAGCAGAGAAAACAUCAAGGCCGACGGAAAAGCGAAACAGAGGCUCCUAAUCGAAAUCGUUAUAAUUGUUCGUCUCACGAUCAGGCAUCACUUAGAACUCAUCGUUUUAGGCCUCACAAAGCAGCCAAUGUAGAUAUAGCCUUCCUAUGCCGUGCACAUUUUAACCUAUCCCCCCCCCCCCCGCCUUCUUUCCCGCAUCUCGGUGGCGCGUGUUUUCACUUUGCUCGGAGGCGGGCGGAAGCCACAUUGAUGGCUCGCCGGUGAUCAGAUCGGGAAGAAGGAGAAGGGCCCAUUUGAGGAGCCAGUCGAUCUCCACCGCCGAGGACUCCAUGCGGAACCCCAACUCGGAUCGAGAAGUGGCAUUGUGCGCAUGCGGCAGCUGGAGACCGCGAGCAGCCGCGCGCGCAUGAUUGAUGCGUGGACCAACAGGGACGUCCGCAACCACGUUUGGUCCGACACCAGGAGGUGCGCAGCGAAGCCAGUGACGACCCUCUGAUGUCCACUGGGGCUGCCACCAUUCCUCUUUUGGCCCACGCUCUGUCCCUUGUCCUUUCGCUGACGCUACUGCAUUUGGCGUUGCUGCCCCCAAAACGAGCCUCAGCGGAGGCUGCACCACCAGCGCGCCAACGUCGCGAGUCCCUACUGGUCACGCAGAUCUGCAUGGGAUCGCAGAGGUUCACCAACACCAUCAACCUCCUGCUGUCGUUCGGGCAGCGGGUGCUGUCCCAGCCCAGGCCGCUGGACGUCGGAGGAAACUUCGGUCUCAACUUGACGCUACGCGGACUCGACACGCUGUCCCUGCGGGGCACGGCGGAGACGUAUUGCGACGACAACGUCGCGCAGGCGUGGCUUCCGCUCAGGUUGUCGCCGACCAUCGUGGUCACCCUGAUGUCCCCGCUGCCGUACCUUCCGUACGUCCAGAAGGACAUCUCGGGCACGCUGAGCGGACUCGAAGCCAACGUGGGUUUGCGAGUGGACAGGAACGACCCCAACGGUCGUCUCGUGAUCGCGUCGCUCGAAGUGGUGAACGUGGACGCUAUCGACGUGGAGCUGAGCUCGUUCGCGUCCUUUUCCGGCACGCCGCUCACCUCGUUUUUCCAACUGCCCGGCAUGACGAGAAAGAUCGCCCUGCUGGCGCCCGUAGUUCGAGCCGCAUUGCAGAUGUUCAUCGACAGGGGUGGGUUUAGUCUGUGAAUGCGUGAACGCCUUCGUACAACCAGCAACGAAAGCAGUGCCGUAAUGAAACAGCAGGAAACUUUGAUUUCCGUUGUGAUGCAGCGUGGCAGCUUCGCUAUAAGAGGUCAAAAACACCUAUUGGGCACUCGCCUUCCGUAUUAAACAUGCACUUGAAUGGAGAACCGUCUAAGUACAAAUGCUUAUACUCUUCUCCCGCAUUAAUUCAGUGGAUACGUUCAACUUGGAACAUUAGCAGCCUUAGGAUGUGUUCCGACCGCAGGCGUACCAGGUCUGUCAGCAAGUCCUGACAUGUGCGACGUUUCCGUGGUCAACGGGAAUGUGAAGCACUGCAACAAUAUUUCUCAUAUAUAGCUUAUUCAAUUUGUAAGAGCAUAAUUUAUGCAGCUGCCAAGGAUAUAUGGGUAUAGUCGUGAACGAAAGUCUGAUGCCCACAGACUUCGGGGAAAUAAAUAUAUCGCAGUCUAGUCAUGCAGACGGAAGCUAAGUGGGGCUGCCGACGUCAUCGUGCUCGAUCAAUCCAUUGCACUGACAGAGUUCUACAACUACGCUGUCUGCGUUUGGUGCGCUGUGUACAGUGUUCUUUUCGCUGAUAAAAACCAGCAACCAACGGUGUUUAUAGUACGUUGUCGUGAGUAAAUUCUACGAAGGAAACAUUGAUUCAUGGGGUUUAGCGUUCGAAAGCAACACUGAAGCUAUAAGAGACGCCGUAGUGUAGGUGUCCGGAUUAAUUGUUGGUCAAAAGGACGUCGCUCUCGCCGGUUCUCUCCUCUGGCAACAACCUCACCCAGUGCUCCGGGAAGCGAUGGGGGCGUGUCCGCGCGGGUGAUUUAGAAAGCGAUUUCCGCCCCUUAUAUUAACAAAACGAAAAAAAAAUUUUCGGAACCGUAAAUUAUUAGGUCUGUUCUUCCAAAUCCCAGCAAUUCAUGGAAAUUGAAAACCGUUUCAGCUUCCCUUUAAUGUACAGAUAAAUGUAAGCACGCGAGAUUUUUCCUGUAUUUCACCGUUAUCAAAAUUCGGCCGCCGCGACCGGGAUCGAACCCUUGACCUCGUGCUCAGUAGCAGAACUCCAAUGGCACUGCGCUACCUCGGCAGGUUUUUCAAAUAAAGAAUUAAAUUAUUACACAACGUUGUUCGUGUGCACUUUCCUUCGUAUACAGUGCGCCUGAGCGCUGCGGUCUUGUCCCCAGUAAGUACGCCAAACCCACAUGAAAGGUAGUAAACCCACGUGAAGC